AUGAGUCAAGCUAAAAGAAGGAAUUCAACAGCUACUUUAGACUUGAAUGCACCCAUUAAUGACUUAAAGCCUCUACGAAUAGCUUUCCUCGGAGAAGCGAGAGUGGGUAAGACAUCAAUAAUAGCUAAUUUAACAUUAAAAACUUUUAAUGAAACUUACUAUCCAACCCAUAAAAUCAAUACUAUGAUGUUCAAUUAUGUUCCUAACUCAUUCAUAUCUCGUGUAUUGUUAGAUGAGGUAGAAUCUAAGAAUGCAUUUCAGUACAUUGCGAAACAAAACGAUAUAAUUCUUAGCCCGGUGAUAUAUGGUGCCUACACUAAGCUAGUGAACGCUUCAAAACCAACUGAGGUUCUGAAUGCUCUCAUUAAGUCGAAGAAUGAUUAUUUCAUUGCAUAUAAUUAUUUAAACGAAGCUGGACAAAAGUAUGUGCCUCCGCAUGUUUCGCCAAUAUUAGUUGAAUUAAUCGAUACUCCAGGUUUCAACCCAGAUCAAGUUGUUCCCUUUCUUGAAGCCUCACUUUAUAUCAAUUUAGACAAGGAUAUUUUGAAGAAUUUGGCGAAUGAACCCAGAAAAUCUGUGUCGACGAAUCCUCUUCUUGUCGCUAGUGGAGCUAGUGAAUUGAAUGGGAAUGUCGAUGGGUACUACCUUGUAUAUAGCUCUAUUCCAUCGACACAUCCUCCACUGUAUGACGAUGUUGUCAAUGAAAACCUUUCAAAUUCGAAAAAUGGCUCCUCCACAAAACCACUGGUAAUGAGUUGUGUAGACAUGUUGAAGGUAAUUAAAGGUGCCUUGGAUGAAGCCUGGAAAGAAUACUAUACUUUCAAAACAAGAUGGGAUCAGGGUAAAGAACAGGAUAUAUUUUCAUUGUCAUCUGCCUUGAAGAAUAUGUGGACACUGAAAAACCUUUCGGAGGUUGAAGAAAUGAGACAAAAUCUUAGAAAGCAAAUCACUCUAAUUGACAAUUCAACCGAUCCAGCAGACCCUAAUUGUCCGCCCCCAGUUUGCAUCAUCUGUACCCAUGCUAAUAGUCCCUUAAAGUCCCCAAUGCUAGUGGAUGAAGGAAGAAAGUUGGCAAAGUCAUGGAGUUGUGGGUUUGUGGAAAUAGAUAAUGUAAAUGAUGAUAUAGAUAAGGUUUUGGCUAUAAUGAUAAGGGAAGUCCUUGAAAGAAAGAAGCUUAAGAAGAAAAAAUGA